CGCCCGCUUCCACCCUACGCCACAGAAAAAACGCAGGUGCCAAACACAGAGAAUCAAACGCUCCGCAGCGAAUUCAAUUUUGAAAGCCCCAGAGAGCUUCCAUGGCUUCCGCUACCACCUCCAUCUCAUCGCACCCUGCCGCCCUCCGCGAUGUCGUCCAAGCUGCGAGGAUUGGCGCGCUGAGGCAGCAGGUGGGCGUGGCCCCGGCGGCGGCGCGCGGCCAGCGCGCUCGCGCGGUGCGCCCGCUGCGCGCGGCGGAGCCCGCGAGGCAGCCGGUGGCGGCCUCCGCGGCCGCGGCGGCGCCGGCCGCGCCCAUGGCCGACGAGGCUGCGGCGGCCCUCGCGGCGGUGGACUACGAGGCCCUGGCGCGUGAGCUGGAUGGCGCGUCGCCGCUGGAGAUCAUGGAUCGGGCGCUGGCCAUGUUCGGCUCCGAAAUCGCCAUCGCCUUCAGCGGUGCUGAGGACGUGGCGCUGAUCGAGUACGCCAAGCUGACGGGGCGUCCGUUCCGGGUGUUCAGCCUGGACACGGGUCGUCUCAACCCGGAGACGUACCAGUUCUUCGACCAGGUGGAGAAGCACUACGGCAUCCGCAUCGAGUACAUGUUCCCGGACGCGAGCGAGGUGCAGGAGCUGGUGCGCACCAAGGGCCUCUUCUCCUUCUACGACGACGGCCACCAGGAGUGCUGCCGGGUGCGCAAGGUGCGGCCCCUGCGCAGGGCGCUCAAGGGGCUCAGGGCAUGGAUCACCGGCCAGAGGAAGGACCAGUCCCCCGGCACCAGGGCCAGCAUCCCCCUGGUCCAGGUCGACCCUUCCUUCGAAGGCCUGGAUGGCGGAGCUGGUAGCUUGAUCAAGUGGAACCCUGUGGCCAACGUCGACGGCAAGGACAUCUGGACGUUCCUAAGGACCAUGGACGUCCCUGUCAACACCCUGCAUGCUCAGGGCUACGUGUCCAUCGGGUGCGAGCCGUGCACCAGGCCUGUCCUGCCGGGGCAGCACGAGCGGGAAGGCCGGUGGUGGUGGGAGGACGCCAAGGCCAAGGAGUGCGGCCUCCACAAGGGAAACAUCGAGAAGGACGGCCAGGCGGCGGCCCCCAGGUCCGCCAACGGCAACGGCUCGGCGGGCGCCCCGGACAUCUUCGAGAGCCCCGCCGUGGUGUCCCUCACCCGCGCCGGGAUCGAGAACCUGCUGCGCCUGGAGAACCGCGCCGAGCCGUGGCUCGUGGUGCUGUACGCGCCCUGGUGCCCCUUCUGCCAGGCCAUGGAGGCCUCCUACGUGGAGCUGGCCGAGAAGCUGGCGGGCUCCGGCGUCAAGGUGGCCAAGUUCCGCGCCGACGGCGAGCAGAAGCCGUUCGCGCAGGCCGAGCUGCAGCUGCAGAGCUUCCCCACCGUGCUCCUGUUCCCGAGCCGCACCCCCAGGCCCAUCAAGUACCCGUCGGAGAAGAGGGACGUCGACUCGCUCCUCGCCUUCGUCAACAGCCUCCGGUGAGGCCGCCAGUGAGCGAGAACCAUCGUUCUCUGUCAGUAUGUACUUGUACCGUGUUAUGUUGGCGUCCAUCUUAGGUGCUGUAUGUAGAGACUAGAGAGGGAGAUGGGAGGGAAUUGGGAUGAUAGAAACACAUGGAGGGGAUUCAGGAAAAAAAAACAGAUGCAGGUUAUCCAGACAAAAAAAAAUCCAGAUGCAGGCGUUGCAUGUUUAGUUUAUGUAACUGCAGAAGGAGUCUGAGGUCCUGUGUUAUUUGGGAGCUGAGAGGAAGAGGUUAUUUGUGUGUGCUUAUAGCUAGUGGCGAGUGGCCAUAGAGUAUUGGAAGGAAAAUCAAAUAAGAUAAUCAAAUAAGAAUCGAAGUUCUGAGAGUUCUUGUUUGUUCAUGUUGGUUGUCAACUAUGUAGACAGUACAAAGCGAAGGUUUUGCAUAAUUUAUUUA